AUGACUUCAUCAUCUGCCGACACAAACAACAAUGAAUAUCAUCGAUCUGAUUCGACUUCCGACACUCCAUAUACAUCGAUCUGCAAUGAUCGAUUCGAGUAUUGUUACGGAAAUGCUACGAUUGAUCAGAAUGGUCUUCUGGUCACAAAUGGUAAUGAAAGUUUCUUCGGUACUGAAGUUCGUGGACGAAUGGAAUAUUCGACUGGUAAACAUAGUCUUCACUUUCGUAUAGAAAAUAAUCCAUCGAAAAUACUCAUUUUCAUUGGUAUCAUUUCCAAAACGGCAAAAAUGGGUGGAAAUCUAUUUAUCCCUUCAUCAGUCUAUGGUUGGGGUGAUUACAAUGAUUAUUUCAUUGUUGGUCAACGACAGAAAGUUGAUAGUGAUGUGCUUUUUAGUUAUACACGUGAAAAAGAUGUCAUCGAAUUAGUUUUAGAUUGUUCAAAACAUCAACUUUGUUACAAAAAUGAACGUCUACAGAAAAAACAAAAAUUAGACAUCGAUAUCAAUAAAUGUCCAUUUCCAUGGCAAUUAUACAUUAGUCUCGGUGGACAAGGUGAUCAAAUUAGUCUUCUACGUUCGACAACAAACACUCAUUAA